AAAACGAACCACGGGGGAGUACGGGAAUAAUUAUCGGGGGUCGGAGGAAGAGGACGAGGGUAACGAGGACCCCGGGCGAGGUGCGCCGUCCCGAGAAAAACGUCAUCAAUGGAUCGCGAGGAGACGACGCGAAGCCUCGGUAGCACGCGGAGGAUCCCGGAGCUGAGCUAGGGCCGUCUACCUCCCUCCCAUCCUCCUUCCCUCCGGUCCUCCCUCGAUAACCGCGGCUACUCUCUUCCUCCCGGUGAACGGAGUAUAAGCCCUGCAGCACCCCGUCCCCGCAAGGGGAGAGAAAAAAAAACUACGGGAGGAAUGACACCGCGGAAUACGGCAGGAAAAGCGUUUCCCAUUGUCGCCACUUCGGAGCUACAGCCCCUCCGAUGAAAUAGGGUCAUCGGCGUAACACCCCGAACGAAAAUAAGACCCGAAAGACGGCCGCGAAACGUCAUCUCCGUCGCGGAUGAAACACCCGCACUGGCAACCGCCCGGUGUUCGUCGACGAGUAAAAUGAUCGCAGUGGUGCCCGCAGUGAAUCGGGGGUGAAGUGUUCCGCUUCGUUUGUGAUAAAUAAUCCGCUGUGCUGGUUGUGUAGUGCGCUGACGAUUCGUGAUCCGUGUUCUGUGGCCUCCUGAUUCGUAGAAAUUUAUUUUCGAAAAUUUUUCACCGAGAGAAAAUAUUAGGAAACAGAAAGUACAAAGAGGAAUGGAAAUCGGAAAAACCGGUGCGGGGUGUCGGUGAAUAUCGCGGUGCUGCAUCGGCAGGUGAAUAAUUGUGUAGUGACGUGUAGUCAGUCGUCCGUCGCAGCUAUUAGGUGUAACGCUGACGGGGUGCGGGGAGCAUGCGGGGUUCGGGCGAGGCCCGGCGAGGUGGCCCCGGAGGACCAGGCUAAGGAUCACGACGAGUCACCCGCACCCGCAACCGACACACCUGCAACGAGAACACCUCGAACACGAACGACGACGUUGCUCGAUAAAGAGCAACUGGUUACGCGGAAGGCGAGCUGGACUCGCUUUCAAUCGCAUGGAACAUGAUAGAGAUGUCGAGCGGAAUCGGUGCAACUGCGAUGGGGAUCGGCGUUAGUCACGGGACAGAAGGGGGUGGCUGCCGAUUAAGGGCGCAAAGCCAAUCCCAGGGGCAGUCGCAAGGUUCUGGAAAUAUGGCUCAGCACAACAAUCCGCAACAAUCUACGCAGCAGCAACAACUGCAGCAACAACAGCAGCAUCAACAGCAACAAGCGCAGCAGCAACAACAAUCGCAACAACAGCAACAACAACAACGAGCCGCUACACGCGAUGCUUUCGUGGGGAGAUCGAAGAAGGACAAUUGUUGUCUCUGCUGGUGCUGCUGUUGCAGUUGUUCGUGGAAUAAGUGUUUGGCUGCGGUCGGAGGUGGAGGUGCUGGGGGUGGUGCCGGAAACUCCGGCGAACAGGGAAAGAAGAAAGGAGGCGGCGGCGGGGAGCUUGGUUCCGGUGGAGGUGCCGGGGGUGACCUUGGGGGAGACGGUCUCGACGGUCUCGACGGAAGUAGCGACGUCUCUUGUACCAGUCUCGAAGAAAUUAGGGAGUGGGGAUCCUCGUUCGACAGGCUCAUGCACAGCGCGGCCGGGAGGAAAUUGUUUCGCGAAUUUCUCGUCAGCGAGUACAGCGAAGAGAAUAUCGCCUUUUGGCUGGCUUGCGAACAACUGAAACUCGAACGCAACCCCGAAAGAAUCGAGGAAAAAGCUCGCUACAUCUACGAGGACUACAUAUCGAUCCUUUCGCCAAAAGAAGUCAGUCUAGAUUCCCGGGUGCGCGAAAUCGUCAACAGGAACAUGGUGGAGCCAACGCCGAACACGUUCGACGAGGCGCAACUUCAAAUCUACACGCUGAUGCACCGCGAUUCUUAUCCGCGUUUCGUGAACAGCGACAUUUACAGAAGAGUAGCGCGCCUCGGUAGCGGUCCACCGAGCCCUUCGAGCGGCGAACAAGGUAUUUCUCGCAGUAAGACAAGGUCGACUAAGGAGAAAGAUAAAGACAAGGAGAGGGAUAAGGAUCGCGCACUCGCCAUAGCGACGUAAUCCAUUCCCGACUCCAUCCCCGCGGAUCUUCCGAGACUCGGAGAUGCAGAUACUCGGAAUGGAAUCGUAGGUGUUCAUUUACCUAUAGGAUAAUCGCGGCAUGACCCGGUCCCCCUCGUCACGUCGUAGCCCCCCUCCAAGAUUCCGGCAGUCACACCUGACGAUGAUUAUUUCGGGAGAGGAUCUUGGAUAACGAACGAAAGUUUGACGGAUUGAGUUCCACGCGCUGACGUUUACUCGGAACGUUUCGAUUCCUUUCUUCCGACAAUUUUCUAAGGGAUGCGUAGACGUUAGGUAUUCAAGACGACGAGGAUCCACAAAAGAGAUAGAAAGAAGAACGGAACGAACGAUGAAUAAAAAAGCUGCGCUUCGGCCGGGCUACAAUCAAGUGAAAUAAUACAGCUGCCUGAUGCACAGAAUUUCGAGACGCGACAAAGAUGAAGUAUCGAAUCAAAAGUGAUGAGAUUUCGGGAGGAUACGUAGAAGAGAAAAAUUAUGCACAAGCGGUGCUGCGGCAUAUAUGUACGCGAAGGACGAAUUGAGACGUUUAUAGGGUAAAAUAUAGCGGGCUGCUGCUCCAUACACGAAAUCCAAGGAUCUUAUACCUAUAUAUAUAUAUAUAAUUGUAAUAAUAAAAUACAUAAAAUAAUAUAUAAUUACUCAAGAAACGCGCAACAAUCAAUAAAUCAAUAAAUCAAUAAAUAAUAACGAACAAAAG